UUAUGUUUGAAGGUUGAUUAUGCCGAUCAAAACACUGAUGGGAGUCAAAAGUUAUACCUCUUCUCCCACUUUCAAGAUAAAUAACAUUUUACUUCAGUUUCCUUACCUUUACAUGGGGGUAAGUAUGUUUACAUUGUUGGGUUAAUGUAAGAAAUGAAAUAUAUUAAAUAUUCAACACCUACUUCAUACCAAGGCCCUAUACUAAGUGAGGGAUACGAUAGUGAUUAAGACAGUUCAAUCUUUCUUGUUUUGGAGCAUAUAUUCUAGCACUACCAUGAAAACAUUUUUCAGUCGAGUUGGAUAUUGUUUUUAUGUGAAGCCAUUUUUUAAAAAUAGAAAUUACAUAUUUUUUUAGAUGAAGCCUCACUCUGUUAGCCAGGCUAGGGUGCAGUGGUGCAAUCUCAGCUUGCUGCAACGUCUACCUCCCAGGUUCAAGCAAUUAUCCUGCCUUAGUCUCAUGAGUAGCUGGGAUUACAGGCACCCGCCACCAUGCCUGGUUCUCUGUGUGUGUGUGUGUGUAUGUGUGUGUGUUUACGAGGGACAGGGUUUCACUAUGUUGGCCAGGCUGGUUUUGAACUCCUGACCUCAAAUGUUCUGCCUGCCUUGGCCUCCCAAAGUGCUAGGAAUACAGGCAUGAGCUACCGAGCCCAGCCCAUUGAUAUAAAUUUUUAAACUGCAACAUAUUUCCUGCUUUCUAAGAUAGGAGAUAUUAAACAUAUUUUUUUUUGUUUAAUCAGGUUUAAAUAAUUUUAGCUAACAUUUAUUAGGCAAUUAUAUGUUUUAUUUAUGCUAAGCACUUUGGAUAUAUUAUUUAAUCUUUACAAUUUUUAUUAAGUACUGUCUUACUCCUCUUAUAUUGACUGAGGAGUAGAGAGGUUAAGUAACUUUCUAAAGACUACAUCAGUGACAGUGGCAGUGGCAGAAUUGAAGCACAAAUAUGACUAUGCUUUGCAAUUAUAGUUUUUGGUUUUUGUUUUUUUUUUUCUGAGAUGGAGUCUCAUUUACUCUCACGCAGGCUGGAAUGUAGUGGCGUGAUCUUGUCUCACUGCAACCUCCACCUCCCAGGUUCAACCUCAGCCUCCCGAGUAGCUGGGACCACAGGUGUGCCUGGCUCAUUUUUGUAUUUUUAGUAGAGAUGGGGUUUUACCAUGUUGGCCAAGCUGAUCUUGAAUUCCUGACCUCAAGUAAUCCAUCUGCCUCAGCCUCCCAAAGUGCUGGGAUUACAGGAGUGAGCCACCAUGCCUGGCCGGCAAUUAUAUUUCUACAUUCUCUUCUGAAUAUCUGUUACUGUGAAGUGAUAGUAUAUUUUCAUAACGUUUUUGCUUUCCAGGUUUUACCCACUUGCCUUUCCUCUUCUGGUUUCUAAUCUAUAUCCUUGGGAACCACAUAAACUUGCUAAGAAUUAUUUGUGAUAUUACAUCCAGUUAGAAUUGAAGUGAGAGUCUAAAAGCAAGUAUUUUCACUUUGUGUUCAGGGUAUCAGAAAAUGAGUAGGUAUUACUAUAAUAAAUAGCUUUAUUUCUUUGUAUAGUACUUCGUGAUUUUAGUAUCAUGGCUAAAUGUGUCUGCAUGAUGCUGCAAAUGUUAAUAAAAGUGCAGAAACUUAUGAGUGAAAGAGAUUAAGUGCAAUCUUAAUGCUAAGUGAAAAUGACAUGUUUCCUUUAAUUAUUUAUUGUUCUUUUAAAAAACACAUUAAAGUGCACUUGAAAUUAACAAUCUUUAAAGUCUAAUUCACGGUUAAGAACUGUUGGGUAUCUUAUACAUAUGAAACUGAAUAGAGUAAAAAUACUACUUUUGGUUGGGUGCAGAGGCUGAUGCCUGUAAUCUCAGCACUUUGGGAAGCCGAGAUGGGUGGAUCACCUGAGGUCAGGAGUUUGAGACCAGCCUGGGCAAUAUGGUGAAACCCUGUCUCUACUAAAAAUACAAAAAUUGGCUGGGCGUGGUGGUGCGUGCCUGUAAUCCCAGCUACUUGGGAGGCUGAGGCAGGAGAAUUGCUUGAGCCCAGGAGGUAGAGGUUAUAGUGAGCCAAGAUUGCGCCAGGUUAUAGUGAGCCAAGAUUGUGCCAUUGCACGCCAGCCUGGAUGACAGAGCGAGACUCUGUCUUGAAAAACAAAACACUGCUUUCAGAUGUAAAAAGAUAAACAUUUACACAGUGGUGCUCCCUUCUUUACUUUCACCUAAGAGUGAGUACAGGACAUUUUGAUUAUAGUGCAAACUUUAAAAAUUAUGUUUUCAUAAAAUUAAUAUCCACAUUGUAGAAGUUAAGUUUGAAUUAAACUGAAAGUAGGUACUACCCAAAGCAAUCUACAGAUUCAGUGUAGUACUAUCAGUGACAUUCCAUACCAAUGACAUUCUUCACAGAAGUAGAAAAAAAAAGUUAAAAUUUGUAUGGAACUGUAAAAGACCUGGAAUAGCCAAAGCAAUCCUGAACAAAAAGAACAAAGCUGGAGACAUUAUACUAUCAGACUUUAAAAUAUGCUACAAAGUGAUAGUAACCAGAACAGCAUGAUACUGGUGUAAAAACAGACAUAUAGACCAAAGGAACAGAAUAGAGAACCCAGAAAUUAAUCUUCGUAUCUACAGCCAACUGAGUUUUGACAAAGGUACCAGGAACACUUGCUGAGGAAAGGGCAGUAUCUUCAAGAAAUGUUUCUGGGAAAAAGGAUAUCCAUAUGCAGAAGAAUGAAACUGGAGCCUCACCUCUUAUUCUGUACAAAAAUUAAAAUGAAUCAAAGACCUGCAUGUAAGACAGGAAACUAUAGAACUGCUAGAAGAAAACAUAGGGAAAUGUUUCAGGACAUUGGUCUGGGAAAAGAUUUUAUAAAUAAGACCUCAAAAGUACAGGUAAUGAAAGCAAAAAUAAACAAGUAGAUUAUAGCAAACUAAAAAGCUUAUGCACAGCAAAGGAACUAAUUGACAGAAUGAAAGGUAGCCGAUAGAAUGGGAGAAAAUAUUUGUAAACUGUUCAUCUGACGGAGGAUUAAUACCUAGGAUAGUGCUUUGCAGACACCGCCGCUGCCUGGAGCCUCGUAGUAUCAGCCAUGGUCAACCCCACCGUGUUCUUCGACAUUGCCGUUGACGGCGAGCCCUUGGGCCACGUCUCCUUCGAGCUGUUUGCAGACAAGGUUCCAAAGACAGCAGAAAACUUUCGUGCUCUGAGCACUGGAGAGAAAGGAUUUGGUUAUAAGGGUUCUUACUUUCACAGAAUUAUUCCAGGGUUUAUGUGUCAGGGUGGUGACUUCACAUGCCAUAAUGGUACUGGUGGCAAGACCGUCUACGGGGAGAAAUUUGAUGAUGAGAACUUCAUCCUAAAGCAUACAGGUCCUGGCAUCUUGUCCAUGGCAAAUGCUGGACUCAACACAAAUGGUUCCCAGUUUUUCAUCUGCACUGUCAAGACUGAGUGGAAGGAUGGCAAGCAUGUAGUCUUUGGCAAGGUGAAAGAAGGCUUGAAUAUUGUGGAGGCCAUGGAGCGCUUUGGGUCCAGGAAUGGCAAGACCAGCAAGAAGAUCACCAUUGCUGACUGUGGACAACUUUAAUAAGUUUGACUUGUGUUUUAUCUUAACCACCAGACCAUUCCUUCUGUAGCUCAGGAGAGCACCCUCCACCCCAUGUGCUCGCAGUAUCCUAAAAUCUGUGCUCUCACUGCAGUUCCCUUUGGGCUCCAUGUUUUCCUUGUUCCCUUCCAUGCCUAGCUGGAUUGCAGAGAUGAGUUAAGUUUAUGAUUAUGAAAUAAAGACUAAAUAACAAUUGUCUGUCCUUGUUUGAGUUAGGGUGUUGAUGUAGGCUUUAUUUUAAGCAGUAAUAGGCUACUUCUGAAACAUCAUUUUUUUGCUUAAUUUUACAUAGUGCUUAGGUUUUUUUUUUUACUUUUCCAGACCCAGGAAGUCUCAAUGUUUGUUGAGUGGAAUAUUGAAAAUGUAGGCAGCAGCUGGGCGUGGUGUCUCACGGCCUGUAAUGUAUUACCUGAGACAGAAGAUCACUUAAGGGCAGGAGUCAAGAUCAGCCUGGGCAAUAUAGUGACACCUCUCUCUACAAAAAAUAAUUAGCUUGUCCUGGUGGUGCAUGCCCGUAGUCCUAGCUGAUGUGAGAGGAUUGCUUGGGCCCAGAGUUAAGCCUGUGGUGAGCUAUUAUCAUGCCACUGCACUCCAGCCUAGGUGUCAGAGUGAGGCCCCAUCUCUUGAAAGUAGGCAGAGGCAGGAAAAGCAAGGAGCUGGAAGGUUGGACUGGUGUUCAAUGAGUUUAUGCAUUUAGAGGUGUUCUUAAGAGUGACUAGUGUGACAAAUUGAGAAAUGUUAAUAGCUUUUUUUUUUUUGAGAUAAUCUCUGUCACUCAGGCUGGAGUGCAGUGGCACUAUCUUGGCUCACUGCAGCCUCUGCCUCCGGGUUCAAGUGAUUCUCUUUUUCUCAGCCUCCUGAGUAGCUGGGAAUAUAGGCACGCACCACUAUGCCCAGCUGAUAUUUGUGUUUUUAGCAGAGAUGGGGUUUCAUCUUGUUGGUGAGGCUGGUCUCAAAUUCCUGACCUCAACUGAUCCUCCUGCCUCAGCCUCCCAAACUGUUGUUGAGCCACUGUGCCCAGGCUUUUUCUGUAACAAAGCUUAAGCUUCAACAGUGCUGGCGAUCUGGUCAAAGGGAUAGCCUUUCCUUGAUUGAGGACUUGACUCUUCAUGAAAUUAAAUACAUAGUGCUGGCAAUUAGAUGUAUAGGGUGAACAGUAUGUCAGGAUAAUCUUAGAAAACCUCCCAAAUGCCCACCUUAACUGACCUCUAGGGUUUUUAACACAGCAAUCAAAUUUGCCUAUCCUAAGGGUGUCAGAUUUAAUGACUUGGGGUGUUCUGCAAUUUUUGUUUUAUUGUCUGGCUGGUUCCUUCUGUGUGAAUUAUUGCCACCAGCACUUGUGCGUCUCAGUACUAUAGUCUCGUGACGUAUUCCCUGAGUGACAUCAUUCAGUGUCUUAGUACUUUAGCUCAGUCCUGAGCGCAAGGUGAAAAUAAACAUCAAACAUCCUCUCAAAAAAAAAAAAAUACCUAGGAUAUACAAGGAAGUCAAAUAUCUCAACAGCAAACAAACAAAACUGCAGAAAACUCAAUGUGAUUAAAAAAAUGGGACAUUUCUCAAAAGAUACACAAAUGGCAAAAAAUAUAUUAAAUAAUGUUCAGCAUCACUAAUCAUCAGGAAAAUGAAAAUCGAAACCACAGUAAGGUAUUAUCUCACCCCAGUUAGGAUCACUAUUAUCAAAAAGGCAAAGAACAACAAAUGCUGCCAAGGAUGUAGGGAAAAGGGACCUCUUAUAUACUGUUGAAAGGAAUGUAAACAAGAACAGCCACUAUGGAGAAUGAUAUUGAGGUUCUUUAAAGGACUGCAAAUAGAACUAUCAUAUGAUCCAGCAAUUUCACCACUGGGCAUUUACCCAAAGAAAAGGAAAUCAGUAUACGGAAGAGACAUCUGUACCAUAUUUAUUAUAGCAGCACUAUUUAUGAUAGCCAAGAUAUAGAUUCAAUCUAGGUGUCCAACAGAAGAUAAAUGGACAAAGAAAAUGUGGUAUAUAUACAUAAUGGAAUACUAUUCAGCCAUAAAGAAUGAAAUCCUGUCAUUCAUGGCAACCUGGAUGGAACUGAAGGACAUUAUAUUAAGUGAAAUAAGCCAGGAAUGGGAAGUUAAAACACUGCAUGUCCUCUUAUGUGGAAGCUUAAAAAAAAGUUGGUUUCACAAAAGUAAAGUAGAACAAAGGAUACUAGAGGCUGGGAAGAUUCAAGGGAAGCGGGUAUCGGGAAAGAUUUGUUGAAGGAUGCAAAAUUACAGCUAGACUGGAUAAAUAAAUUCUAGUCUUCUGUAGCACUGUAGGGGUGACUGUAGUUGACAGUAAUAUAUAGUUUCAAAUAGCUAGAAGCAGGAUAUUGAAUGUUCCCAACACCAAGAAAUGAUAAAUGUUCAAGAUGAUAGAUAUAUUAAUUAUUCGGCUCUGAUCACUAUACAUUUUAUGUAUUAAAACAUCACUAUGUGCCUCAUAAAUAUGUACAUUAUUGUAUGUCAACAUAAAAUGUAAAAGAAAAUUUAAAAAAUUUGCCAGUGAGAAAGCUCCUAAAUUCUUA